UCCCUCCCCCAAUAAAUAUUUUUAGCACCGCCUGUGUCUUUAUUUUGAAUAGUCUGUUUUCACCAGUCGGCGAAAUCGUUGCGACAAAUCACCCCUUAUAUAUAGCUUAACUAUACUAUAUAAAUCGGCGCUAUAAAAGAGAAACAUGUUUACCCUGCGCCGUUUCAGUCAGCGUUUGUAUCCCAAGCAAAUUCAGCACUUGAAAAUGUCACAGGUCGGUGAACUGGGAAGUGGAGCAGGAAAGGGAGGCGGUGGUGGUGGGACCAUUCGCGAGGCAGGCGGUUCCUUUGGAAAAAUGGAGGCUGCCCGGGAGGAAGAGUUCUUUUACAAACAGCAAAAAGAGCAAUUGAAAAAUCUGAAGACCAAGACAGAUACUAAGGCACCUGAGACUAAAAAGAAGUGAUCUCUCACUAUGGAAUGCAGAAACAAAAUAAUG